GUACCGGAAUAUACUUAUUCGCAUUGUUGCUAACUUAACACUAUCCGUAGCUGCUAGAAGGACAGGGAAAAAUGGCUGAUACCAUAGCUGACACAAGAAGGCUCUUCACUAAGCCCCAAAACUUAAAUGACGCGUAUGGACCUCCGAGUAAUUUUUUGGAGAUUGAUGUGAGCAACCCUGAGACUGUCGGGGUUGGCAGGGGCAGAUAUACCACGUAUGAAGUCAGAUUGAAGACCAACUUGCCCAUCUUCAAGCUAAAGGAGUCUUGUGUACGGAGGCGGUACAGCGACUUUGAGUGGCUCAGAGGGGAGCUGGAGAGGGAGAGCAAGGUGGUCGUCCCACCUCUCCCAGGGAAAGCGCUUUUCCGACAGCUUCCAUUUCGAGGGGAUGAUGGGAUAUUUGAUGAUUCUUUCAUUGAGGAGCGUAGACAGGGUUUGGAGCAGUUUCUCAACAAAGUUGCCGGUCACCCUCUAGCCCAAAAUGAACGAUGCCUGCACAUGUUUCUACAGGAUGAGUCAGUGGACAAGAACUACACCCCAUCCAAAGUCAGACAAGCCUGAAAAGAAAAGAUGGUUCUGCUUGGCCUGGUCUGACUCUGUGCUGCACAGCCCAGCUUGGCCUGAUAACCCAAAGCUCUCUCUUCACUGUUCCAGGUUCCUCUCAGACAGUAAACAUUAUACUAUGACAAGUUCCCCUCUUUGCACCCCUGAAAAUACUAUUGUUCACCCUGGUCUGUUUGGUUUUUACCUUAUAAUCGGAGUCCAGAAUGUUUGACACGUACAUUUUGAAAGUCAUUUAUGGGAAUUUCUCUUUACCAUAUCUCUUCAAAUGCCUCUAACAUGGAUAUAUUAUGUAUUUAUCAUUUAGUUUUGUCUUGGGUAUAUCCAUUUAUAUAAUAACAUGAGAUGUAUGCAAAGCCCUUGUAAAGACAGUGUUUCCCAUUAUAUAUCCUAUACUGGCAUGUUGCUCACUGUACCUAGCAACUAAACACACACAGACACCUUACAUUUGAUGGGCCUUGACUUUCAGAUAUCACAGAUGUGUCUCUCUACAAAAGAAAGCAUGUGUGUGUGUGUGUGUACAGUAUAUCAACCAGCACCUGUGCAGUUAUCACAGUGAUUUUCUAGCAAGAAGUAAUUUACACAGAGGGAACUGCAGUAUUUCUACUAGCUAUGUGCAUUUAGAGAUUUCUAUACUGCCGUGCCAUUUUUUGUUUAUUUUGAAAAUUUUCCAAUAAAAUAGGUGAAAUGUC